AUGGCGAGAGGUCGUCUUCGCCUGUUUCUGGCGCUUGUCUGUGUCUCGGUCCUCGUCUUCCUCUCUGCAGCCCACAUUCAGCGACUGUAUCAACUCCUGCGGAUGCCAUUCAUAUGGUCUGGUGCUGCAGUCGAUGCGACAAUCUCUCAACAGCGCGACCAGUUUGAUCUCACCUUUGCGUCAUAUCCUGCCAAUUAUUCCGUACGAGAUGACGAUCACCGCGCACUGAUUCCCGCCCGAAUUCACCACAUCCACCUCGGACCUAAUCCUCCCAAGCCGGAAUGGCUUGCCGCGCGAUCAGAUUGCCUCAAGCAGCAUGAGUCGUGGGAAUUCUUCCUGUGGAAUGACGAGAAUGCGUCACAGUUUGUCGAGGCCAACUACCCGCACCUGUACGAGAUGUGGAGAAAUUAUCCAUUCGUCGUCCAGCGCGUGGACGCGCUUCGGUACAUGACCUUGAAGACAUACGGAGGUGCAGUUCUGGACUUUGACCUGGCCUGUAAACGGUCUAUGGAACCUCUUCGACGAUUUGAAUUUGUUGCCCCGGCGGCGCACCCCGCGGGGUUCUCCAUUGGCAUGAUGCUGGCGUCGCCGAAUAACACCUUUGUCAACUCGAUGGUUGAAAGCUUGCCUCGAUUCAACCAUGUCUUCCCGCUGCUGCCAUACGUGACGGUGAUGUUUAGCACGGGAUGUCACUAUGCCUCGACCAUUUUCACACUGCAAAAGGAGCGAUCAAACUAUCGCAUUCUCUCCGGGACGACCGACAAACCUAGGCUUCACAUGCUGAAUGGCUACGUCAAUACCCCGCUAUUCCGACAUCUGGGCUCAUCCUCCUGGCAUGAGGGUGAUGCCCGUCUGAUUCUCCUGCUCAAACACACCGAUCCCAAAUACAUUGCUCUCGCUGCCUUUGUCGCCAUCACCGUACUUGUUUCAUCAAUAUGGUGCAUGUGCAUGAUUCGGUACCGGUUAUUAUCACGACGCGAUGUCGAGUCCCUCGCUCGCGUUUCCCCCAAUAAGUCUUCUUGCAAGGAUGUUUGA